AUGGCUACUGGGUCUGAUCCCGCUGUGACGGGUGUCACUGUCAUACUGAACACGCCUGACGACUGGUUUGCCUGGUUGUUCAUUCGUCAAGACGUUGCCGAUUGCCACGGGCUCUGGGAAUACAUCAAUCCCGAUGUAGCAAAGGAGAAUCUGCCUGAGUUGACGGAGUCUCCUGAGCCUCAACUUACUGAUUACAAGGCUAGAGCUACUAAGCUCUCUGACCUGGACGCUGAAGAUCGAAAGUCCUAUCGAUGGGAGUGUGAUCGAUGGGAGCGCCGCCACUCUGAAUACCGCACACAUGUGAGGGCAAUGGCAGACCUCAACAUAGACAUCAGCAUGACAAUCGCUGUCCGUCACAUCCACCUGAUCAUGGAUCAUGAGACACCAUACGACCGACUGGUUGCUCUCAAGAGGUUCCUUUGUCCAAUAGACGCAACUCGUCGCCGUGAGCUUGCUCCACAAGCUUCACACAAAGGUCAAACACGUUGA